AUGAAAACAGUAUCUUAUCACAUUGCCCCUAUAUUGUAUUAUUGUCCACUAGACAAAGCAAUAUUCGAUAAAACAGAUAAUAGCUGGGGUCAAUUUGAAUUGCCAGGUCAAAUUUAUUAUUGAUAUAACUAGAAAGCUGAAUUGGAGUCUAUUCAGUAGGUAAUUACGAUGAUGAGACUGUCAGUUAUCUUGAUUUGCUUUUCUACCGUAAUUUUUGCGGAAGAAUUCGAAUAUCUGUACAGUACCAAAUACAUUGAUGUCCCCUUGGAUCAUUUCAACUUCAGGUCCAAUGCGACUUUUAAACUGAGGUACCUUAUCAAUGACACUUAUCAUGUGCAAAGAGGUCCGAUAUUUUUCUACACUGGAAAUGAAGGUGAUAUCAACCAAUUUGCCCAAAAUACAGGGUUCAUGUAUGACAUUGCUUCAACAUUCAAUGCCUUACUAGUUUUUGCAGAACACAGGUACUACGGAACUUCCUUACCAUUCGGCAACCUGUCCUACACCACCCCCGAGUACCUCGGCUACCUCUCCUCCGCCCAAGCCCUCGCGGACUUCGCUUACCUCAUCGACGACCUGCAGAGCACCUACGCCGCCACUAGCGACCUCAAAAAGGUGCCGGUGAUCGCGUUCGGCGGCUCGUACGGAGGUAUGCUGGCCGCGUACCUCAGAAUGAAGUACCCGUACGCCGUCGCGGGCGCCGUUGCCAGCUCGGCUCCGAUCUGGCAGUUCCGGGGGCUGACCCCGUGCGAGAACUUCAACAGAAUUGUGACGAACGUGUACGAAGCUCUGGGAGGAGUGAAGUGCAAGGACACCAUCGCGAAGUCUUGGAAAAUAAUCAGAUCUCUGACUGAAACUGAUGAGGGAAAAUCAAAUUUGACGAAACUUUGGAACUUUUGCACGCCUUUGAAAACGUCAGACGACAUCGAUACUCUGGUCGAUUGGCUGACCAACAUCUACGUGAAUGUAGCAAUGGUGAACUACCCCUACCCCACAAGUUUCUUGGCAGAUCUGCCAGCGUAUCCAGUCCGAGCUGUUUGCAGCAAAAUCAACAAUUUCGAUUACAAAAACGACUUCGGCUUACUUCAGGCUCUAGGAGAAGCCCUUAGUGUUUAUACGAACUACACGGGACGUACCACCUGUAAUGAUAUCAAAGUAGCUGCGAACAUUGGAGAAAAAGGAUGGGAUUUCCAGUCCUGCACCGACAUGAUAAUGCCGAUGUGCUCCACCAGCUUCGACAUGUUCGAGGACGAGCCGUGGGACUUCGAUAAGUACUCCGAUGACUGCUACAAGAAGUUCUCCGUGCGUCCGCGCAACGAGCAAGUCCCGCUCCUGGAGUACGGCGGCAAGGACAUCAAAUCCGCGUCGGACAUCGUCUUCAGCAACGGCCUGAUGGACCCGUGGUCCUCCGGAGGCGUGCUGAGCAACGUUUCGGACCGCAUCUCGGCCGUCAUCAUACCCGACGCGGCGCACCAUUUCGAUCUGCGCGGAGCGAACGCCAAUGAUCCGGGGUCGGUGAGGGAAGCCAGGAGGUUCCACGUGAAGCGGAUCCACAAGUGGUUGAACAAGUUCUAUUUCGAGAAUUUGGAUGAUCCGUUGAAGUACAAGUUUUAUGAGACGAAUAGAGUCUGAGCUGUGAAUUUUCAAAUGUUCGCUUUUUUUUCAUAGGGAAUUUAUAACACAAUCUUUUCAUAAUUGGAUUGAAGCAAAAUGUGUUAUAGUUCUUUCUUCGAAGAAAUCAAUAGGCACCAGAAAAAAAUCGAAUAGGUAUGUACAGGGUGGGCCAAAAAGUCCUGUUUCCGUACAAGAUAGAGAAAAACUGAUGUCGGUGCCUGUUGAUCUAUCCACAUGACAAACUCGAAGGUGAAAACCGCAUAUCGAUAUCUAUUUUUAUUUCAGAGUUGCAAGGUGUUUUUCAAAAAUGUGAAUGUUUGAAAAGUGGCUAAAACUCUUCUUUUUGGCAAAUGUUCUUCGUUUUCAUGAAAACAUUUUCAAAGCAUUGUGUUUGUCAUGAAAAUUGACACCGUAUACCUAGUUGCAAAAUAGAACUUUUCUUGCAAGAAGAACAAGUUAUAUUCUUAAACUAGAUAUAGGAAGGCCGAUUUCAUUGCUUCGAGAACAAUUUUCAUCACAAACUCAAUGCUUUGUGGUUUUUUUCAUAAGAACAGACAAUUUUUGCAAAAAAAUAGUUGUAGCCACUUUUCAAAAAUGCCCAUUUUAGAAAAACACCUCCGAAACGAAGACAGAUAUCGAUAUUCGGAUUUCACCAUUGAGUUUUUCAUGAGAAUGGACCCUCAUGCACCGACAUCAGUUUUCUUCCAUCUGGUUCGAGAAUAGAGCUUAUUUCCCUUUAAGUGUCCAAUUUAGCCCCACCCUGUACAUACUACACAUACAUCUUUCAUGAAGUUGGCAUCAUAUUAUUAUGAUAUGGAAAAAACUUUUAAUGACUCGCUGAAUGUCAAAAAUCACAUUUUUUCAAAUUAAUCGUUUAUUUGUUAGACUUUCGAAAAAGUUGUGUGAGAAAAGUUGUUUAUCUUCCAAUUUUAAACAUGUGUUUCGAAUUUGAACAUGCUAUUGCAACUUUUGGUUCCUGAUAUUUUUUUUGAUUUCUUCUAAUUAUUGUAACUUUGACAAAACUGUCCUAAACUUUGGCUACAUCAGAUACAAAAAUUCUAGUCUGAUGAUAUUCUGAUGGAUGACUAUGGCAUCCUUUUGAUACUGAAAAAAUCAAUUUGAAUGAAUCGUGAUACAUCAACUUUGCAUCAAACUUAACCGAAAUUUGAAGCAGGAAUUAUUAUUUUCUGAAGAGAAUCAUAUUUUUCUCGACAAUUAGUGAUGGAAAGUUGUAUUAGCAUGAUAAAGCUACUAAAAUGAAAUCGUUUUGUCGGUGUUAAUUUUUUUUAUUACAGAGAAUUCCUAGAAAUUAAAAGAAUACCUAGGUAACAAGAACUAAAAGUUGUUAUAGAACGUUCGACUCCGAGACACAUACAGUGUGACCCACUUCUAAUGGCACACCCCUGUAUAUCUUACGUAAUCGUUGGGUAAGGAUCCUGAAAUUUGCUGGAGCGAGAGAUAUACCAAAAAUGCACUACUCUAUGACCAAGUGGGGUCAUCUUCAGUGAUAUUCACUGCUCGUCAACCGCCAUGGAACCACCCCAAUUUCCGGAAAAUGAUAUUAGAAGUUAAAAUAGGUUGAAAAUCACUUCGGAUUCGGAAUCAAGAGGCCCAAUCCACUAGCUAUUCAUAGUUUUCCUAGAAAAUUUUCAGUUCAGAAAAAUCAAAUUUUGUCCCACUUCUCAUGGAAGCACCAUCGUAUCUUACGUUAUUAUUGAGGUAGUGUUCUGAAAUUUACAGGAGGAAGGGAAAGUCCAAAGAUAAAGUCAAUUAUGUAAGAUACGGGGAUGCUUCCGUAAAAAGUGCGACAAAAUUUAAUUUUUCAGAAAAAAUAUGAAUAGUUAGUGAAUUUUACGGAAAUUGGGGUGGUUCCAUGGCUGUUGGCGAGCAGUGUAUAUCACUGAAGAUGAUCCCACUUGGUAUGUCUCUCGCUCCAGCCAAUUUCAGGAUCCUCACCCAACGAUUACGUAAGAUACAGGGGUGUUUCCAAUAGAAGUGGGUCACACUGUAUGUAAAAUUGAAAUAGAAACAACUUUUCUCUAUGAACGGUCUUGAAAUUGAAACAAACAAGCCUAUUUUCCACGAUAAAUUUAAAAAAAAAAACUUUUGACGUGUAGCGGAGGUCACGUGACUUCGACCAUGUAGUCUAAUUUCCAUAUUUUUUAAGCAAAACUUUUUUAAAGCGAAAACUUCGAAAUAAAUUAUGAUUAACUUUCUACCCAUAUAAUUCCAAUUCCAAAAUACGCAUAAAAAAUUCAUGUUUUAGUUCUCAAUAUUGGUACCUAGUUGAAUUAUUGUUGUAUGCAUGGGAAAAUUAGAAUAAGAUCAGUGUUUGAAUAUUUUUGUUUUGUUUAUCAAAUAAUAUCGAUAAUAAUCGAUAAUAUCAAUGAUACCGAUAAUAUCAAUAUCGCCCACUCUUAUAUAGUCCAUAGUCCAUUCCAACUAAGAAUACAGCAUUGGAAAAUCAUAGGGAAGCGUUGAUUGGUUAAUAUUGAAGGCAAUUAUUACCAUAUUAUGACAUACGACGUGGCGUAAAGGUUAAAGUUUGCUGUAUAAAAAAAAUUUCAAAUCAUCCCAGACAGCACUGAAUAUUCCUAGAAUAUUCUCUAAAUUUGCUUAAAAGGAGGAAUAUAUUUCGAAUAUCCACCUGCUCUGGGUACCUAUAUAUAUGUUUUUAUACGAGGUGCUCCAACUGACUAGAUCGACUACACGCACGAUGUUCUUCGAACAUUGUAGGAAUUUAUCUUCGUGCGUUCCAAGAGAUGAAAAACUAGUCAGAAUCACCUCGGUUACCUCAAUCUACCGUC